AUGAUCCCACUGAAACCAAAAGUAAAAACGAAAGGUUUGAUGAAAAGUGUCCCUACUGGGGUUUUGGCACCCAAGAGUUUGGCAACGAAACCUAUAAAACACCAAAAGUCUAUGUUCCCGUCAACAUCAUCAUCAUCAAUUCCAAUUGGAGGGAUCAGCGGCGGACCUAGUACGGUUGCUGGGAUUCGUCCUCCUUUGGAUGAAUCAUGGCGGGAGUUUUGCGAGAUGACCACCGUGGAUUUUGCCACUUAUGCAACAUCAAUACAAGAAGCAAUUGAUCAAGGGAAGUUUAAUAAGUUGGCUCGUUUGCUUGCGGCCGCCUUUCGUACUUUCAUUGACAAAAAAACCGAUUCGCCCAAGUUUUUCAUUGAAUAUCAACUACUCACAGUUGCGGCAAUUACAAUCAAGGAGCACAAUGAGAAGUUACAACACGUAGCACUUCAAAAAUGUCUUUUAAACCUCAUGUGUCGUAUGAAACCUAUGAAUCCCGAACGGCAAGGAUUAAUCGCUGCGAUGACUGUGACACUAGCAAGCGGUCAAACCACUUGGGAUCCGUACUAUAUCACAGCUUUUCUGCAUGAUGCUCUUGGGGACCGAACUUGGAUUAAUAAGCCAAACUCGUCAUUCAUCUCGACACAAAUCAUCAAGUCAUUGGGUACUGUUUACCCCACAAAAGACAUGUUUGCUUCUUGUAAUCUAGAAAUCGAUGUUGAUUUCAUGCCGGAAGGUCUUUCCCAUGCCACUGAUCGAUUCCCUUCUCCACAAGCAAAGGAAGAAAUAGCCAUGCUCGCUCUUAACGCACUUUCACCCUGGUGGGAAAUGCGAGCGGACACGACGCCCGUGUUGUUCCUACGAGCUUUGGCACCUUUGAUGGCACUACCUGAUGUUAGAUUCAAUGUAGUGAAAAGAAUAGACGGAUGGCUGCAGCACGUCAAACUCCAACGUUUAGCCAUGCAGCUUUUGAUCCUUGUCGGACUAAACUACGGAAAUGCAUCGGAUUCGCAGCAAGAAAAGUCGAUCUUGGCUCGGCUGCUUCAAAUGAGGAUGCUGAAAAAUAAGAAUGUCACAUCCGUAUUCACCGUAGCCCUACGUGAAAUGCUGGUGCGGAAGGAUGACUGCAACAUGCGUACAACUAUUCAAUUAUUGUUGGAGAACGAAUUUGGACAUGUAAUGUCUAGACAUCCUCAUAAUGUAUCCAUACUGAUCAGUUUGUUCAGCUUUGACAGGACUAGAGCCGCCGAGAUUCUUGGCGAGGAGGUAUCUGAGAUGAUAAUGGCGCGUGAAGAGUACUGUAAACCAGUUCGACUACUCCUGAGAGAAGUGAUUCGAUUCUUCCAUCGCAAUGAGUUCCCUUUCUACACAUUAGCAAAUAGCUACCUUUCCACUAUUGUUGAAGAGGUGGCAAAAAGUGAACAUGGAAUCCAGGAUCAUGUUUUCCGAUGCGCUUCCGAGCUUCUCAGUGCAGUAACGCUUAUGUCUAUUAGCGCUUCUGUAAGAGAGGCAUUCAACGCACGUCGCUCAGGAACGAACUACACUCCAGAUCUCGUUGUUGUCCAUGAUCGGUUUGAGGCCGCUUUCUCAGAGUACUUGGAGGGAGUCUUGAGAUGGCUGCAGGGACAAGGCGUUCGACAUAUAUUCCCUACUGCUAGAGAGUACCUCCAAGCUUACCACAAACUUCUAUUCAUGGAACGGGCAGAGGUGUAUUGUGGGUUAGAACAAGGACCUACGGAAGCAGAAUAUGCCACGUGUUUUAAGAUUAUAUGCGAGUGCCGAUUGAAAGAGUCCGUUCUUAGAUUGAUUAUCGGCGAUCAUUUUACAAGUCUGGACAACCAAGAAGCGAUACGGAUCAUAGAAGGCUUGACAAAAAGAGCUGUUGAAAAUAGACUGGCUGCAGAUGCCCACUUACCACUUGUCAUCCUAACAAAUCCUGUCCACCUCAUUGACAGGUUGUUUCAGCUUAGCGCUUAUCGAUCACCUGGUAUAACUAUGCCUGAUGAACACAACCAGUUUGCGUUUAAGAAGUAUUACUGGAAAGCUUGGUAUAUUGUUAUGAUGUGGACAUGCGCUGGAAAAGUCUGCGAUGAAAUGGAAAAGAUUUAUGCUACUUAUCCCCAACUGCGGUUAUUUAUCCAUAUGGUUUUGGUGAAAUCCUUCCGUUUUCCACUAGAAUUCGAAGGAAAAACAGCAGAGGAAUGGGAUGCGGUCGAGUCAGAUGUUGCGGAGAAGGAAAAGGAGGCGAUUUUUUCCAUGGAAUCUUUUCUUUCUAAGCUAUCUGUGAAUGAGGAGAGUUCCAAACUAAUAGGAUUACUCUGCUACAAUCAGCCGAAAGGAAUGCCACGGCGGCCUCCUGAAAAUGUUAUUCGAAAACUGGAAGCUCUAGCAGUAGAAUGUGGUAUGGCAUCACGCUUGUGCGAAUGUCGCCAACCGGACAUGGUUGAUCAACUGAUCAGAAAUGUGGGGCCAUCGAAAGCGAUGCCAGCGAUACAAGAACUUUUUGCUACAAAUUCGUCUGCUAUCGAAGCGAUGCCAGCGUCAACCCUCUGCCAAUUUUUACAAUAUGAUCUACAACGUCGUAAAGCUACCAAAACAGACGAAGGUAGUGCCGUACACACGGAUCAGGAUGAAGCGAUGGAAUUAGAUCAAGGAGUGGAAGGAGUAUGGAUGAAAGGCUUAAGACAAGCCCCGUUCUUCCCGAAAAUCGCUUCGUGCACGGUGAUCCAGCUAGCUAGAGCUGCCUUAGACUCGGAUGGUGCUCAGCUCGAUUGUUUACUGUCGGCCAUCAGAGAUCAAAUUGAUAAGGAGAAUAUGCAUCAGCUAUCUAUACUGCUCGCUUCGUUAGUGGAGAAGUUCGGUAAGAUAUCAGCCGAGAAGGCACUACCGCUUCUAGAGGUUUUCUUGCGAUACGUGGAUGUCUGUGCAAGUGCUCCCGAUGCAUGGCCAGCUGAUGGAUUUCCAAAUCAAUCUAAUCGCAAACCCGUAGUUAAAUAUGUGGUAGAAAUGGGGAAGAAAAAGCAUGUAAUGAUGACAGCUGAUGCAGUGGAAGCCCUGCUUCGACUAUUGUGCUACACGUCAAACUACCAGAAUGAAGCCUAUAAAAGGCUCGCUGAGAUCUGGCUACCCGAGAAAGGAUCCAUGCCUAAAGUGACAUGUAAUGGCGAGCCUGUUGACUUGCUGACUCCCAAACUAAGGGCGUUUAUGCUCGAAUUCGACAAUGAGAAGAUUGUGAAGAUAGCUAUGCGAGGUUUGGACCCUCCUCUUGCUCUAAAAGUUGCAUGUGAGAUGAGCGCUAUGAGACCUGAACAUGCGUCUCGACUUUUGGAAAUAGCCUGUGGAGGUAGACAAUUGACAAAAAAUGACGUCAUUUCGCUAGAUAAGACGGCACGACUAAUGUUGAACAUCCAUAACAUUCACGGAAUCAAACAUGCAGCACAGGUUCUUUCGCUUAUGGAUGAAAUCCAAAAGUGUGGUGAUGAAAAAAUGGAAAUUAGUGUGUUCCAAGCUUAUCCAGUAAAGCCAGCUGCGAUCAUUGAACCUCCACCCACGAAACCAAUGAACAGAGCUGAAAUGGUGCAACAUUUAAAAGCAGCUACGGUACCUGGAGCACCGUUCGUCUUAAGUUGGGAUAUUUGGCGCGAUACACAAAGAGCAGAAGAUGUUGCGAUGGCGGUAGUGGAACACCUUGAGGGGAAUUUGAAAUUCUUCCUUGGCGAUCGCGAAGCAUUCAAUUUGAUAUUUGCUGUUUUAGGCCCGUGCGCAAAGAAAUUUCCGUCCGUGAAGAGUCGGCUAUCGACGUUUUCUGCUAAAGUGCUUAAGAGUGCCGCUACUUCACCAGCGAUUGAAGGACAUUUAAGACAGUAUGUACCGAAUGCACCUGCACCUAUCACUCCGACAAAGAAGGAACUUACUGAGGAAGAGAUAUUGGAAGCGCUUUACACGAAGAACAUUCCUUCUGGAUACAGUCGUGCGCUUCUAAUCAAUAAAUUUCUACAACGACGUAUGGAGAUAUUCACAAGAGUCACUGAGCCAGCAGAGUUAGAUUCGCAGAUGUUGGCAAUUUUUGGUGGUCCAGGUAUUGAGGAGUUAGUUGCCCAAAUGCCCCAACGCACUCCAUUGGAAACAAUCGAAAUGGUGUUUUUCAAGCUACUAUCAUCGUUUGAUUCGAAGUACAACCCACAUACAGUAUGUAUGUUUUUCUCAUUGAAUGCGAUUCGUGAAUUUAGUCGAGUGUGGAGCGCCCAACAGUGGGCGGUUCUUGCUCGAUAUGUGGUCGAGAUGGCCAUGCGAGAACCGCAACAGAUGAAAAUGGCUGUAGAUUUGAUCGAGCAUUUGGUGGACCUUACUAGUGUUGAAGUAGCUGUACCAAUAGCGGAAGUAAUCGUUACUCUAGCUCGGUCCGAUCUUCCUGUGGAACAGCGAAAACAGGCUCAAAAUCUUCUGGAUGAAAUACAAAACAAAUAUCCUUGUCUGUUCGUGGAUAAGCUGGCGAAUCGAGCUAGUAUUCAAGGUAUUCGUUGGCGACAGCGCGAUACAGAUGGUUUGGUGACGACGCUAGUAGCGCAAGCAGUGGAUCCAACGUUGACAGAUUCGUUUGGUGCCGUAAGGACGCUGACGCAGCUAGUGGAAACUUACCCAAGAGUUAUGAUUAGAAAUUACGGAACAAUGGCGCAACAGAUCCCACUACUGACGAGAAUGCCUGCGGCAUUGAGGAAGGAGGUGAUGCCAUUCGUCAUGUUUGUACUCGAUGCCACUCUGAAAUUAUUGUCAUCGAUGCGCGAACCUUCCUACUGUUACACCCUUGGCGAUGCUGUUCAUGCCUUUUUGUCAUUCUUUGAGACUAUUUCAAACUCCGAAGCAGCUGCACAUUUCGGUGAGAUAAUGCUUUCAUUGUGUUUGCGAUUCUUCAGCGCUCACACGGAAACGGCACGAGAAGUGUUUAACGAUCGAUCGGACACGUUAGAAUCCAUGCUUCAGAAGAUCUCACCCAACAAUCCGAAUGCGAAAAUGUUGCAGGACAUGCUCAAGGAGGUGGAGGUUGAGGUUUCAUAA